GCGGCGGCUCGGACUCCCUCCUGUCUGCGAGGCUGCGGGCACUGGAGACUUUGAGGGCUGAGGCGGCGGUAGCGGCCUCUGCCCCCUCGCGCCCCUGCGAAGACGGGGCGGGGGGUGAAGAAGAGGGAGGCGGAGGAAACUGCAACGCCAGGAGCAGGGAGGAGGAGGAGGAAGCGGCGGAGAACGGCCGACGAGACGGGAGCCUGGCAGAGGCGGAGCCGGCGCUCGAGCCCGGCCGGCCUGGACCGCACACAGCACGGCCGCCACCGCCAUUCGCAGGAUCCAAUCGCAGUGGACAUCACAUAUUCUACUUUUAAAUGUUGUGGGGACAGAUCCACCUUUAAAGACACAUCAGUUGUUUAGCAGGACUGGCUAAAAAGAAAUGGGUCUUGAAGUUAAGUGAGACUGGAUACAGCACAUCAAUGAAGCAGUUCCUGUGCUUUAUGUUUUAGGGGCAGAACUCUAAAAGAGUCAAGUAACCAGACUUGCUCUACUUUCAUGAUGAAGAAAAUUAGUCUGAAGACCAUUCGCAAGUCUUUUAAUUUAAAUAAAAGCAAGGAUGACAGUGACUUCGUUGUGGUUGCACAGCCAUCAUUAAGUGAUUUUGGAAAAGAUGACUCCUUGUUUGGUAGCUGCUAUGGUAAAGAUUUGGCUAGCUGUGAUGUCAACAGCGAAGAUGAAAGAGGUGGCAAAAACCGCUCGAAGAGUGAAAGUUUAAUGGGUACUUUAAAACGAAGACUUUCGGCAAAACAAAAGCAGAAGGGAAAAGGCAGCACGCCCUCUGUUAGCUCUGCUGAUGAUGACACAUUUUCUUCCUCAUCUGCUCCAAUAAACUUCAAAGACGUGAGAGCUCAAAGACCUCUUCGAUCCACAUCACUCCGUAAUCACCAUUAUAGUCCAACUCCAUGGCCCCUCCGUCCAACAAACUCAGAAGAGACAUGCAUAAAAAUGGAAGUGAAAGUAAAGGCCUUGGUUCAUUCGUCAAAUCCAAGCCCUGCACUGAAUGGCGUUCGCAAAGAUUUUCAUGACUUGCAGUCAGACAGUGUAUUCCAGGAACAAAACAAUGCAUUAAAAAGUACAGAAUCUCAGAAUGGAGACUUGCAUCUUCAUAUUGAUGAACAUGUGCCUGUAGUUAUUGGACUUAUGCCUCAGGACUACAUUCAGUACACUGUGCCUUUAGAUGAGGGAAUGUAUCCUUUGGAAGGAUCACGAAGUUACUGUUUGGAUAGUUCUUCACCCAUGGAGGUUUCAACAGUCUCUUCUCAAAUGGGUGAGAGUGCAUUUCAUGAAGAAGAGGGGACAGUGGGUCAAGAUGUAGUAGUUUCUCCAGAUAUCUUUGUGGACCAGGCAGUGAGUGGUUUGUUGAUUGGUACCACAGGGGUCAUGCUGCAAAGUCCAAGAGUAAAUCACAAUGAUGUUCCUCCACUCUCUCCAUUGCUACCUCCAAUACAAAAUAAUCAAAUCCAAAGGAACUAUAAUGGCCUAAAUGGCACAGAUGUCCAUGUGGCUGAAAGUAUGCGCUGUCAUUUGAAUUUUGACCCUAACACUGCACCUGGAGUUGGAAGAGUUUAUGAUUCUGUACAAAGCAGCGGCCCUAUGGUUGUGACUAGCCUCACAGAAGAAUUGAAAAAACUUGCAAAACAAGGAUGGUACUGGGGCCCUAUUACACGAUGGGAAGCAGAAGGCAAACUGGCCAAUGUUCCUGAUGGUUCAUUUCUUGUACGAGACAGCUCUGAUGACCGCUAUCUUUUAAGUCUGAGUUUUCGCUCCCAUGGUAAAACUCUUCAUACUAGAAUUGAGCAUUCAAAUGGUAGAUUUAGCUUUUAUGAGCAACCAGAUGUGGAGGGACAUACUUCUAUAGUUGAUCUAAUUGAACACUCAAUCAGGGACUCUGAAAAUGGAGCAUUUUGCUAUUCAAGAUCUCGACUACCUGGAUCUACAACAUACCCAGUCAGACUGACCAAUCCAGUGUCUCGGUUUAUGCAGGUGCGCUCUUUGCAGUAUCUGUGUCGCUUUGUUAUACGUCAGUAUACCAGAAUAGAUCUGAUUCAAAAACUGCCGUUGCCAAACAAAAUGAAGGAUUAUUUACAAGAAAAGCACUACUGAAGGCUUAUGGGAACCUUGCAUCUUGCACUUUGGGAACAAAAUGUUAAAGGAGAGAUACUGAAAUACCGUUUACAAACUAAUUAGUAUCAAGUCUUUUGCUGCCAUAAUUUCAUUUUUGUGCAUAAAGAAGGGUGAUGCAUUUUUAUUUGUUUAAUCGGUGAUCUGUUUUUUUAUGAUGAUCUCGAGGGAUUUUAAAGGAGUGAAAUAAUCUUUCAUUCAAUUUGCAAAAUAAUCACAAUGUGAAUUAUGAAAAUUUUCUUAAAAUUCCCCAUCUCCUUUGCUGCUAAUCCACUGUGAUUUUUAUGCAUUCAAAGCACAUCUCGUGUUUUCAACCAUAAGUAAAAGCUGAAACUUGAUAAAAUAUGUUUUCUUAACUUCAAAUGGCCUGUUUUUUCAUUUUUAAUUAAAAAGGUAUGGCUAAAACAUGCUGUUAUUAGAUGAAUGCUAAAAAUGAUUUCCCUGUACCCUAAUCAAAACCCAUAAAUUUAACUGUGGGCUGAAGGGAAUGUGUGAUGCAAAACAGUUAUGCAACAUAAUCUUUUGAAAGCCUCCUUUCUCCUAAACAGUUUCAAAGAUUGUAGAUAUUAUUUUGCUUUUUGUUCAUUUUUAACUAUUUAAUUUUUCUACUUUUAAAAAUGGCCUUUCAAAACAGUGUUGGAAAGUAGAUACUGAAAUUUGCAUGUUAGUAUUUUAUAUUUUAGAUGAAGGCUAAAUGUAAAGCAAGAUCAUUAAUAAAAAUGAUUCCCUGCAGAGACUAUGAUUGGACUAAGUUUGAUAACGCAUACAAAGCAAAAUGAAACCUUAUCAGCAUUGAAGGUUUCACUUAAGUAAUAUAAUUUUUCAAAAUUAUCAUAUGAUCUAGCUAAAGAUAAGCAUUCAAAGUCCAUUGAUAUUAUUGGAUGUGUUUAAAUCUCUCCUAUUGAAAUAAGUGGAACUUGGAUCAUGCCCUUAGUUUUAAAUAUAUUUCCCCUUGCAUCUUUUAGCAUUCAUUUUAAUCUGUGGAGGUGGAAAAAUAUCCCUAAGGACGCUUUUUAAAAACUUGCAUGUUUUAAAAUUAGGGAUGAAUUGAUUGUAUUGUAGCAUAAUCGCCAUAGGAAAUGUUUCAGCAUGUUACCAGUUUUCAUUCCUAUUUACUCAUAUUUGAAGAAAAGGAAAAUUAGUUCCAUUAAAUAUAUAUAUAUAUACCUGGCACAUGAAAAUUCACUAGAAGCUUCUCCUGUACAGACCAUUAGGAUUUCCACAGAAACAUAGAUGUGCUCUAGUGUAUCUUUCAUUUCAAUGAGUUUUAUACAGGAAAUGUUUCCAGUGGAUUUUUCCCAUUAGAAAUUAGAAGGGCUAUAGUCAGGGCUGUUUCACACAUUGGCCUCUAUUCAGAAUAUGUUAGUUGUGCUUGGGUCCCUUUGAAAUCAAGAGGAAAAAUUAGUGAUGACUAAUUUAUGCACCAUUAAUUACAAAGGGACUAGAAUGCAAUAUAGUUUCUUUAAACUGAGGCCAUUGUAGUUUGGGUUUGGGAAGCACUUGCUUUAGUCGUUUUCCAUGCUAAAAUUUGUCCGGGGGAGGGGGGCAGGGAAAGGUGAACUAUUUCAGGAUUGCUCUUGUGAUUCAAAAUCUUUCUAAGAAGCUAAACUCUGAAAUUUCUGAAGGAAAUGUACAAUUUGGGAGUGUGAUUUUGAGGUUCCAGAAUUUAUGUUGUACCAUUUUCAUCUUUCUUAUCUUAUUUUUGCUCUUUGAAAGAUAUGAUGGUAAAUAUUUUCCACAUUGUUCAUUUCUGCAUAUAAACAAUUUGAAUAGUUUUUUUGUUCUGUUAAAUUCAGUUCAUUCAAGGUUGAUGGAAGUUUGGAAAAAAUCUUUGUUUUGGAUAAUUUUCUCUUUCGUGUUCUACCUAGCCGUUUUUGUUCUGAAUGAGUUUGUAAUAUUAAGUACAGUGUUGCUGCAAGGUGCUGCAAUGGCACUACAUCCUGGGUUGCCUGAAUCAAUAUGCUAAACUUCUAUUUUUUUAAAAUUUAUUUUUAGAUCAUAGUAUUUAAAAAGAAUAUCGGAGGCAAAGCAUGUCUGUUGCUGUGAGAGAUACAGGUGGAAGUGUCUCUCUUGCCCAGUUAAAAUUAAUUUUGAAACAAAAAAAAUGGAGACGUAUUCUUAAAUUUCUGAGCAAAAUAUAUGUGUGUGUGCGCGCGUGUCAUUUGUUGGCUCUGCUAUUCUGAUAUUUAUGCAAAUUAUUAACUUUUUGAUUUCCCUACCCCCCCAAAAACAUGACAAAAAUUUUAUACAUAAAAGGCACAAUAAUAUAUACUAUGGUACAGUGUUUUGAGAAUCUGUCUGAAAGGAAGAAAAAGAAAAUCGUUUUUAUACAAUAGGAGACAUACUUUGGGAUAAAACCAUUGUACUGUAAUUUUCUUGAAAAAAAUUCUCCAAGAGUAGAAAAGGACAGUAUGGAUGGGAAGGAAAGCCCUCUAGAAGUAAAAAUGUAUUCAGGCAAAAAUGUAAAAUAAUAAUUAUCCCAGUGUUUAGCUAUUCUAAAUGAUGAUAUAGGGCUCCUUAUAUAUUACAGUUCCUUUUAUAUAAGUUUAAAAAAUUAGAUUUCCAGUAUUCCACUUGUAUUGGUAUUCUGAAAGAGUUGACAGUGAAUUGGCAUACUGUAUUUCUGCUUGUCUUCUUAUGACCAGUUGUUACGCUAGUAACACCAGUAUACACCAGUACACCAGCUGAAUAUAAGUUUUCUUCAGAUGAUUGUCCACUAGUCCUUGUACUGUUCACCCCAAUGUUUUCCUUCCUCCCUCGCAGUUGUAGCAAAGGGCUAUAGGAACAUCUGCUACCUUCUACUGCACAACUUAGCAGAGUUGGCAGAAGAAAUACGCCUGACAAUAACAUGCAGCCAUGUGCUCCAGUAAAGUAUGACAUUUCCUUCUUCUUUCCUGUGAAACUUUCCCACUACCAGUGCCUCCUUUCCUUUCUCAGCUGGAACAGUAACACCCAUGCUAAGCACUCAGCUUGAUCUAACCAACAAACAGGCAAUAGCAAAUAACAGUAGCAGCAUGAAUAUACCUGCUACUACUGUUUACAUUUGGAGCCAGCUGAACAUUUUAACUACAAAUACACCAACCCUACUCAGAGCAGAUAUAUUAUCUUUUGCUGUUGGUAAUCUUCUGGCCUUGCUCUGUUGGUUGAUGAAACUGAGGCAUUGCCACAGAAAUGCUUCCUGUUGUGUUUGCUCUGGAAAUUCCUGAGGAGUGGCUAGCUUAAAAGGAGGCAAGAAAACAAAGGAAAUGUGGCCCAGUUCUGUAUAGGGUGAAAUUUCUCUUUGUUGUCUGGCUUUAAACCUUUGGCAGGCCAUAGCCCAAUUCAUAUGUUACAGUGAAAUCAUGUACAUCCUGCAUGUAAAUGAAUAUAUGUUUGUAAGAGCAAAUUUCACAUUCACUUUGUAACAAACCAGGGAUCAGUACCUGGAUAAAUGGGUUCAUACAAUAUUCGGCUGUACAUGUGUUGAAUGUAACAUGAUAAUUAAUCAACGCAUGCAUUUUAAAAAAAUCAGGUGGACACUGUACAUGGAUUGUAAGUGCACUCUCUGUAACUUAUGAACAGGGCUAGGGAACAGUUCUCUGUGUGUACCCAGACUUUGUUACUUGGAGCAAUUGUUGCUUGCCCAGGGUAACAAGAUGAAUGGGAAAUUGCAACCUUCUGUUGCAUUCUGAAAUGAGACUUCUGAAUGAAUAUGAUGAAAACACUUUUGAAAUGCCUUCCUUGCUCUGUUGUUUGAAUUUUAUGAAAAGUUCAUAGUGUGUUGCCAUACUGAUAUAACAUUCAGCCACAUUUUUCGUAUAUAAGAUGGCCGUGUAAUGGGAAGGAAAUUGCGCAAUAUUGCAGUGACAUGAAGUGCUAGAAAGUGGAAAUCUCUGCCUGAAUUGCUUGUUGCCACAUAACACUACUGCUAAUAGACCACUUUAUACAAGCUGUUAAACUGAGUCAUGCUGUAAUACAAUUUAACAUAUAACAGAUUCUCAGAUGAAUUGGUAAUACAAGCAAAUUGUGUAAGAAAAGAGAGAUCCUCAAAUUAAGGAUGGACUAACCAGUUUAGCUGAAUAGUAUUUCUUGUAACUGUGGAGGAGGUUGUUUCCUUUUAUUACCAUUCUGUGAACAAGUCCCAUUGAUUACAUGUUAAGGUGCAUGUGUUAGUGGAACAGGCUUUUUAGUCAGUUGAAGGAGCACAAAUGCUUGUGGUUGACUUUUAUAAGAGUAACUAUCACCUUUAAGCUAGCUUCAUUUGUUUAAUAAAUGCAUUUGAAAAACAUUAUUUUUUCAGUUGGAUUCUGGAGAAAAGCAGGAAAUAUUUUAAAUAAAUUCAGAAAACUAAAUUACAGGAAAUGUUACUGUAGAUCAUCUGAUGGAAAUAUAGUGGUGUAAAAUUUAACAAUAAAAAGAGAGAACAAAAAGGUUGGUUACUUUUAGGUCCCUGAUUUAUAUUCAGUAAACAAAUAGUAAGCCUGUAAACAUUAUACUUGGGUGUCCCUUUAAAAUAGAUCUCAGCAGGUAGAGUUUUGCUUUCUUCCAGCCCCCGAGAUGUGAUCUGAUUAAAUCUCUGAAAGGUUUGGGAAGCCUCCUUUCCCCUAGCCUAUGAUACCACAUUGGAUUACAACUGUGAAAGAGCUGGCAGUCUCACUGUGUUCCUAUAUUGCUCCUUUAGGUGGAUAGGUUUAACCAUGAUCUAAAUAUUUUCAGUCCCACUUUAGUAUUAAAAAUGAGUCAUUGCCUGAUUUCUUUUCCCUUUGUUACAAAAUGCAACAGCAUUUUCAUACACUAUCACAGUUCUUUUCUUUGCUACUUUUACCAAGAUACGAAAUCUAUUAUGUGAAUUAGAAACAUUCAAUUUGGUAUUGAGACAGAAAUUAUUUACUUUUUUACAUACUUAACUGGACUUUGCAGUUAGUGUAUUUAUCAAUAUACUAUGGUACCCAUUCUGAUUUAUAUACAGUCUGUUGGCAACCAGCAACUUUCCAUUUUCCAUCCUCCACAUGCACAUAACAACUUCAAACAUUUGCCAGCAUUGGUAUUAAAUCCUUCCUUAUUUUUUCUUGUUUCUUAUUUUUCAGUGCCCCCCCCAUGCAUUCUUCUCAUUUUUGCAUCUUCUUCCAGCAAACAUACACACAAACUCAUGGGCACAUUUGUUGAACAAACGCUCUCACAUGUCCCCCAUCAAGUGUAUUUACAUAAAGUUGCUUGAUGCCACUUGAGAAUCCUGAUGAUUUUUCUUACAAUUUUGGACCAUGAACACAAUGUCUUACAGGAUGCAGUAUACUAUAGAGUAAUGGUUGUUGCAUUUCCAAAGAUUAUAGUUUGGCAGCGGAGCUUGAAAUGAGUUGUGGAGGUCAUUUUAUUACUCUGGGAAAUACUGUAAACCAGGCUUUCAGUCCAGUUCCCUGCUAUUGUAAAGAAAAAUCCUUUAUAGAACUCCUACUUAAUGUCUCUUAAAAUUAGGAGUGAACUAUGACAGUCCUGUGACAGCAUCUGUAGGUCGGCUUUUUUUCAGGGGGAACAUGGGGGAAUGGAGU